AUUCAUUAUCAAACAUUCACUGAUUCACAGGGACGCCCCUUUCACAUCGAACUUCUACCGUUGCCAGUAAUGGACCCUAGGCACUCUGCAGACGUGCUCAAGCAUUUGGAGAAGCAGAAGGAGCUUAUAAUGGAUGCAUAUAGGUCAAUGUCUGACGAAUUGCAUAAACUCCAGGUAGAGGAAGAAAUGCUGAUGCGAAAGUAUUAUGAGUUUAUGGCAGCUCAAGGUUUAAUGAACAAGGUAAAAGGUGGUACAGAUUUAACAGAGGAUGGAGAAAGUAGUCGAGCUGGAGCAAUAGUAACCGUUGGCAGGGAUUGAAGGAUUGACUCGAGCCAAUGUACUUCAUCAUUGUACAAACCACAGGCAUCGAUCUUUUUUUUAUUCGUUGAAGUUGUAUAUAUUACUGUCGAUUUUGGUUUUUCGGAAAGAGAAGAAAAGAGGAAGAGAGGAUCAUGAGUAGCCUCAACUUACUUUAAACCUUUGCUUCUCGUGCUAAUUUUGCCUCGAUAAUAAAAAUUAAAAUAAAUGGUUAUUAAGAUAUUUGCUCUCAUAUUCAGGCAUUCCAUCAAUUAAUUUUUUCAAAAUGUAAAGAAAAUGUUGAAUUGAUAAUUAUUACAAAUUGUAUCAAAUAUGAUUCAAAUACCAACUACACAAAAUCAGUAGAAUGGCCUUUUUCUCUCAACAAUGAAGCAAGUCAGAUUUUCUCUACUUAUAGGUAUAAAUUGGUAUCCAUUCUCAAACGAUGAGUUCACUAACAAUAAAAUAAAAUUGUAAUUGUGAAAAAACAACUUGCAAAGAUGAAAGAUACAUUUUGAUCUCAAAACCUUUGAUACAGAUUCAAAUGGCCAAAGAAACUCGAAGGCAUUUUCGUAUCACUCCAAACGACUUCUGUGUUGCACUUGAUAUUCAUCGUUUCUCAUCCCGACUCUGCUUCUAAUGUUUCUUUGGGAAUUUUCUUCUACAUUUACUAACGACAAAACACCAUCACAAUUUAAUAAAUCUAGUAAAAAAUGAAUAAAUCGAUAAAAAAUUACGACCAAACAUAUAAAUUAAUUACUAUAAAUGAAUGUAAAUAUGAGUCACAUUCAUUCAAAAUAGAUGACAAACAUAAAACAGAGCAUUUCUUGAACAUUUUCUUUUAUUAUUUCUUUUGUUUGGUUUUAACUCUGUCAUACGUAUGAUCUUGGCCAUUUUAUGUUAUUUCAAUGAAUAUCCCUUUGCUAAUUAUAAACUUCUUGGCCUUGUUUUGUGGUGAAUAAGAUUUCCAGCAUUCAUUGUGAAGCUGAAUUUGGACAAAAUACUAUAUAUGGAGAUUUUGCCCUUACCUAUCAUUCUGUUUCUCCUCCUCUUCUAUGAGCAUGAAAGGUUCUCAUUGGUUCUCUAUACAAAAAAACACAAAAUAAACAACCAAACUAACACAUGCACACGCGUGAAUAUUCUCCUUCUUCCAUUCCUCUGCAUCAUUCAGAGCCCAAAAACUCUUUAUUAUUUUUCUUUUUGUUUUUUAAAGAAAAAAAGUUAAUCGAAAAUGGUAUCUUAUAACCGAACCAUUAUGAACUAUGCGCUGGCCUGCACGUAAUAUUUUUGGAGGAAAAAUUAGAUGGAGAAUAUUCCGGAAGAAAAUGAGGUGGAGUCUGUGGAAACCGAUGAGGAGUACGAAUUUGAAGCCUCUCAGUUUUACGAUUUCACGAGGCCCGAGUUUGAUUACGAGAUUGAGGAGGCCGAGCGAUGGUUUGAAGCUUCUGGAGAUUAUCCUCCUUCUCCAUUCAUUGUAAAGCUGAACUUGGAGAAAAUACUAUACACGGAGAUUUUGCCGAGCAGCUGUUCAAAAGCAUCACACAAUAACACCAAGUCAAUCAGCAGCAGUUCGAAUGCUAUUUCUAGUGGGAAAAAAGAUUCCAAAGGAAAAAGCCUUAGUCCAUCCUUUAUGGAACCUACGGCUAGUCACUUGGCAAAACAAAAAACGAACCAUACGAAUUCCGCACACGUUUGUACAAGGUUCCAAAAAAUAUCAGCCAGGGUCAGUCAGAAAGGCUCUCAGAGUCCCACUGGUUCUGAUGUUGCAACAACAAAAAGACAAAAGCUUAGUGUUGGCUACUUAAGAAAGGCUGCACAACUGAAGCAUCAAUUCUUGUUGAUGCAUAAAUCAACCAAGGGGGUUACUGUUCCGAAGGAACCUGAGCUGGAAACAAUGCUCAGAGCACAAAGACGAAGGUCUAAAAAUAGUUCUGCAUGUAGCGAAACUGAAAGCAAGAAACAAAGUUUUGGUAGCUUCAAAGCACAUCCACUGAAUAAAAAAAUUCUUGAGCCUCGUUUGUCACAACAACGAAAAAAAAGCCCGCCAACAUUGCCGGAGUUUCAAGUGUUUCACUUGAAGACAAUGGAGAGAGCUAAUCACCAUGCUUCUAAAUUAUCAGAAAAUCCACCCACAGAGCAGUUCUCAAAGCUCUCUUUGGGGCCGGCGUCUCAGCGCUCGUCAGCAAAGGAUCAAAAGAAGGGCGAUUGUGAUAAUUCUUUCCAAGCUGAUUUCUGGAGAUGUAAUGCAAAGCCUAAUCACUGUGGAGAUGAUAUAAAGUUUCAUGAAGCUAAAUGUUGGCCCGACAUGUCAAGAAGCUUGGACAUACGUUGAUCUUACAACGAUCGGAGUUUUUUUCGAACAAUUUGAUCAAUCAAUAACCGUCGAUCGCGUUGCCUCUAAAAUCAUAUCGAAGUGCUAGUGAAUGAUUUGAAACCAUUCACAUUGGAAAUUUAUUUGAUGAUAUUUACUAUGAUGAACUCAGAAGUAAAUAUAAACUGCAGGUUCAUGUAUAGUAAGGUUGAUUUGGUAGCAAGAAUCAUACGAAAUAGUACUUACUAGAAUGGUAUGAAGUGUUUUAGUUCACAUGAUCAUUUUGAGGCAGUUGCCUUUUGAGUUAUAAAUUUAUUAUGCAUUUUUUUUUU